UGGAACAGAUGGCGAAGGAGCAAGAUAAAGAGUCGGAGAAGCAAGCCUUACUGCGGGAAGUGGAAAACCAUAAGAAACAAAUGCUCAGCAAUCAGGCAGCUUGGAGAAAGGCAAAUCUGGCUUGCAAAAUUGCUAUCGACAACUCUGAGAAAGAUCAACUGCUGCAGGGAAGAGACUCCUUAAGACAAAGGAAGACUACAAAGGAAAGUCUGGCAGAGAGUGCAAGUAACAUCACGGAGAGUCUGAUGGGCAUUAGCAGGAUGAUGUCCCAGCAAGUCCAGCAGAGUGAGGAGACCGUGCAGACCCUAGCUAAUUCUUCACGAACAAUCCUGGAAGCAAACGAAGAAUUUAAGUCCAUGUCUGGGACAAUUCAGCUGGGGCGAAAGCUAAUAACAAAGUACAAUCGGAGGGAACUGACGGACAAGCUGCUAAUCUUCCUCGCCCUUGCCUUGUUCCUGGCCACGGUGCUCUAUAUUUUGAAAAAAAGACUCUUUCCAUUUUUGUAAAAUUCCAAAACUAAACUGAACUAUUACAAAAAAUCAGAAAGAGAUGGCAUAAUAACGGUAGGGCUUUUAAAUAAAAUAAUAAAGGGAUAUUGCAAUAGCUGAAAGGGUGUUAGAGCAGGCAUGACGUUUAUACUGUCACCAUGGAGCGUGCGCCUGCCUAAGAAGAGCUUAAAUGAGCACGAAUUG